AUGGAGAGCCUCCAGCUGUCCCAGGUGCUCGCUGACUUGAGCAACCUCGGCGCUGCUGAACCCCAAGCUGCCGCUGCCAUUGUCAACGCUAGUAUUCCCACCAUCAACACCGAGUUUGCCAAGACGCAACCAAAUGCCGCCUCCGCCUCGCAGUCCGCCUCCCAGCGUCCGUCCUCGAUGAAGCGGGCCUGGUCCUCCGAGCCCGGUGCGCCGCCCAAGUUUGACAAGCUGGGCCGUCGCAUUCUCAUCAACUCACCCGCCUCCCGGCCAACCUCGCGAGCUGGCUCAGCGGCCAACUCAACUCCGGGCACUCCGCGUCGAACCGACUUUGACAUGGACGAAGAUUUCGAGCGGGCCUCAACUCUCAUGGCUCUCUACGACAUCCGCGCCAAGAUCAAGCAGCAGGACAACAGCAGCCUCAUUAGGGCCCGCGAGAAGAUCAACGCCCUCGCUGCCAAACAGCAGGCGCAACAGGCGGCAGAGCGCAACAUGAAGACGGCAGAGGAGCUCCGCCGAAAUCGGUACUCUUUUCCCAAGACGAGCACUUGA